CACCUUUAGUAAGAAGUAAGAAGCAGACCCAAAUUGUAGUUGUAUUUUUUAGUGCUAGCAAAAUUGGAAUUUUGGCCAAUAAACUAUCAAAUUGUAAUGUGCUUGAGAGCUUGGACGAAUCGUGCGGUCUCGGCGUGUUAGAAAAGUGCGAAAAACGAAUCGCGUUCGAGUGAACUAUGACCCCUUUUGCUCACCGUAGCAACGGUGCCCAUGCAUUUUAGCGAAAGGAAACACUAAAUGCCCAAUAAAAAGCGCACGCGCGCAUAAAAUGCACCAAUAAAGGCACGAGAACUUAAAGUUUUUCAUUGCAAACAGCUGGAGCACAGCGACAGUAUCACAAAUUGCAUUGGAAACGGCUGAAACGGAAUUACAUAAAGUGAGCCAACCAAGCGCCAUGCGAGCCUCCAUUCCGCCCGGCAUUCGAGUGGUGCGCGGACCCAAUUGGAUCUGGUCGAAUCAAGACGACGGAGAAGGUCACGUUGGAACCGUUUGCGAAAUCGGACGUUGUGGAUCGACACACUCGCCGGAGAACACCGUGGUUGUCAACUGGGAUUCCGGACACCGGACCAACUACCGGGUGGGCUACCAGAACCAGUACGACUUGAUAAUUGUGGAUAAUGCUCAAGUUGGAGUUCGUCACUCGAAUGUCGUCUGCGAUGGCUGUUCCAAGGCGGGCAUCGCCGGCAUAGUAUUUAAGUGCGCCCAGUGUGCCAACUACCAUCUGUGCGCCUACUGCUACGCGGAGGAUCUGCACGACCUGGAGCACCCCUUCGUCCGCUACACCUCUCCCAAUUCGCUGGGCGUACGAGUGCCGACGAGAAAGGGCUCCAAGCGCAUCCAGUUGCGCGGCAUCUUCGUGGGCGCCAAAGUGGUGCGCGGUCCUGACUGGGAGUGGAGCGAACAGGACGGCGGCGAGGGUAAAACUGGACGGGUAAUGGAAAUCCGGGGCUGGGACAACGAAUCGUGUCGCAGCGUGGCCAACGUAUCGUGGGUAACCGGAUCGACGAACGUCUAUCGUCUGGGCCAUAAGGGCAACGUGGACCUCAAGUAUAUAACGGCCACUUGCGGCGGUCACUACUACAAGGACCAUAUGCCCGUUCUGGGUCAGCCGGAGGAGUUGCAGCCGGUGGCGCCGAUGGUGAAGCCAAGCUUCUCCGUGGGCGACCGCGUCAAGGUUUGCCUGGAGGUUGAUGCCCUGAUGAAGUUGCAGCAGGGGCACGGGGGAUGGAAUCCGCGCAUGGUCGAGCACUUGUCCAAACUGGGCACCGUACAUCGCAUCACGGACAAAGGCGACAUACGUGUCCAGUAUGAAAACUGUCCCAAUCGUUGGACCUUCCAUCCCGCCGCUCUUGUAAAGGUUGUCUCUUUUCGCGUCGGUGAUCUGGUCACCAUUAUUAAUGAUGCCAACAAAGUGCAGCAGCUGCAGAAGGGCCACGGCGAAUGGAUCGAAAUCAUGCGACACGCCCUGGGCAAAAUUUGCAAGGUUGUGAAGGUGUACUCGGACGGCGAUCUGCGCAUCCAGCAAUUAGAUGACGGCUUCGAGUGGACGUUGAAUCCGAAAUGUGUCAAACUGGAGCGUUCGCCCCUGGCCACGGCAGCUGAGCGCUCCAACAGCAUGAUGGACCUGAGCCACCGGCGAGCGGACCAUGUGAUGACACCGCUCUCUGGGCUCUCGGGCAGUUCGGUUGCCGACAAGCUGGUUCGGGAGGCCGCCCAGGGCCAUUUGGAUUUCGUCCGCCAGUACCUGGAUGUGAAUCCCGGCCAGGUGGACGUAAUGAGUGGUGGCAAAGCUUGCAUUCAGGUUGCCUCGCACCAGGGUUACGUCGACCUUGUCAGCUACCUCAUCUCCAAGGGUGCCAACGUGAAUGCGGUGGACAAGGAGGGCGACUCUGCCCUGCAUUACGCAGCAUUCGGCAAUCAACCGGCCACGAUGCGUGUGCUGUUGCAGCACGGUGCCGAGGUGAACUUCCUCAACUCGAGCCACUGCUCUGCACUGCACAUAUGCGCGCACAAGAAAACGCCGCACUGCGUCCGCGAGUUGCUGCAGCACAACGCCAACGUGAAUAUCCAGGACUCGUACGGUGAUACGGCGCUCCACGAUGCAAUCGGCAAGGAGAACACGGAGGUCGUAGAGUUACUAUGCAAUGCGCCCAACCUGGACUUCACGGUGAAGAAUAAUCGCGGCUUCAACGUGCUCCAUCAUGCAGCGCUUAAGGGCAACGUGGUGGCGGCCCGCCGCAUCUUGUUGCUCUCCCGCCAGCUGGUCAAUGUGCGCAAGGACGAUGGCUUUGCGGCCCUUCAUUUGGCAGCUCUCAACGGACAUGCCCAGGUGGUGGAAACGUUGGUCACCGAAGGACAAGCGGAGUUGGAUAUACGCAACAAUCGCCGGCAGACGCCUUUCUUGCUGGCCGUCUCCCAGGGCCAUGCCGGCGUGAUCGAGCGACUCGUGCGGCUUUCCUGCGACGUAAACGCCAAGGACGAGGAUGGUGACAAUGCCAUGCACUUGUGCGUGAUUAAGAAGUCCAAUCUGCAAUCUGCCGCCGAACCGCACCCCGAGGAGGCACCUGAGAUCCACAAGUUUUACCUGAGUCUAGUGCAGACGAGCGUUCGUGCCGAGGAUAGACUGAUGUACAGCAUCCUUAUCUAUCUUUCGAGGGCCGGCUGUCGAGUGGAGCUUAACAACGCCAAUGCAAGUAUUUUCGAAUGGAUCACGGACCGCAACAUCAGGCAGCUAAUCUUCGGGCAACAGGGCGAAGUGGAGUCACUGCCUAGAAACCUCCAAGCUCUGGAAAUGUCCGCACCAGCUACCGCCGGUGAGGAAGUUUCUGCUGUAACAGGAGCUGAAUCCAAUGGAAGUGUAGCAGCACCACCACCACCGCAGCGCCAGCAAUUAGAUCUAAUGCCAAAGCCAAACGAGAUACCAUCGGCUGCAGCAGGUGCAGCUCCAUCCACGCCCUCCGCUUCGCCGGGCGUAAAAAAACUAAACUCGGACGCAGUGCAGCAGAACGUCUCGCCACAGGUAGCGCCGCGCAAGAAGGCGCCCAAGCCCCCGGUGACCUCAUGCUCGAGUAGUACGGUACUGGAGGCCGGGGCGGCAGGUCCUAGCCCCAGUCCGGUGAUCGUGUCCGGUCCUCAGGAGUGCAUUGUCUGUAAUGAGAUCCUGCAGUUGGUGCGCUUCGAGCCGUGCCAGCACCAGAUCGCUUGCGAGGAGUGCGGCAUCCGAAUGAAGAAGUGCCUCCGCUGCGGGGUGGUCAUAGAACGGCGUCUUACAGCCAGCGGGCGGAUAGUUGCCCUGCCUACGUCCACGUCGUCACCCAGUGACCCCACACGCCUGCCGUCCGGGGAUCUGCUGCGCUACCUGGAGAACAAGGUGCAGGAGUUCGAGGAGUCGCACUUCUGCGGCAUUUGCAUGGAACGAAAGCGGGAUGUGGCCUUCCUCUGCGGCCACGGAGCCUGCUCCCAUUGUGCCGAAACGCUCCGGACGUGCCACAUGUGUCGGAAGACAAUACUCAAGAAGAUCAACCUGUACUGAGCGGAGGAAACGGAACCGGAAACGGAAACGACAGAAGGAUCAGCAGCAAUUCAACCAGCAACCAAAGUGGCUUGUAUAUAUACAUACACAAAACAAACACUGAACACACACACCCACAUUGCCGUGUCAUGUGCAACUCGAACUAAUAAUUUAUUGAUCACCGACGAAUUUUACGCGGUUUAUCAACGGCAUAGUAUACAUAAACAAAUUAUUGUGCACCCUUCACGUGUCUAGUUAUUAGCCUCGUUUAACCAUGUCUGGUAACGAUAAAAAAAAUAGGAAACAAACUAAAAGCAUAAAGAUAUUUAAUAGUCAUUUAAUUGCAAAUAUACAAAUACAAAAUUAUUCAAA